UUGGACCUCGUUCAAGUCGUCAACUUCCGGGUGCUGAAGCGUUGCAAAACAGAUUGUACCAGACAGUCAAGGAAGAGGACGGUCUAUAAAGAAGUCCUGGGAAACACAGCUUUCGCAAAAUGAUGCUGUCAGAAGUCCUUCAGGUCCUCCGUGGAGCGGGUAAGGUGGGGUCUGCCCUGCUCACCACCCAAGGAGAACAGCUCAGGUUGAUGGCCUGCAACUCCUCUCUGGGAGCCGGGGUGAAAGUUGCACAGGAUGUGGUGGAGGGACUGGUGGGAACUGUAAUGGGAGGCAGCAGUUCGCAACAGUCAAUUAAGGAGGACGUUUUUCCGGAUGCAGAGGGAUGGGACAAUAUAGACCCAGAUGAAGCAGCCAAAUGGGCCAUGGGCUCUGAGUUUUCAGCUGAUGCUAAGGACGACAUCCAGACAGAAGCAGGAGCCUCACCGGGAGCUAAUCCUUCCAUGGGAGCUGCUCCAGCAGGGGCAGGCUGGCCUGGGCAGAGUGCUCGCUUCCUCCACACAAGCCAUUUCCUAAACCGGUACUACUCCCAGACCAGGUCGGUCCAUGACUCAGUAGUGGCCAGACUCUCACCAGAGGACAUUAAGAAAGCCAGGGAGGCCAAACAGGCCCUGGUCAAACCUGUCAGACAAAAGUUGAGCGAUCGUGCCCGAGAGAGAAAGGUACCUGCCACAAGAAUCAGCAGGCUAGUUAAUUUUGGGGGACUGGCAGUGGGUCUGGGGAUUGGUGCCAUCGCAGAAGUGGCAAAGCAGUCACUAGGAGGCAAACAGAGAGGAGAUAUGAAGGCCCUGUUAGACUCCCCUUUGCUCUCAGAGGCCAAUGCUGAGAGAAUAGUCAAUACACUAUGUAAGGUCCGAGGCGCUGCACUCAAGAUAGGACAGAUGCUCAGUAUACAAGAUAACUCCUUCAUCAACCCGCAGCUGCAAAAGAUUUUUGAGAGAGUCCGACAGAGCGCAGACUUCAUGCCCACUUGGCAGAUGAAUAAAGUUCUAGACGAGGAUCUGGGACCUGGCUGGCGAGAGAAGUUGCUCUCCUUUGAAGACAAACCAUUUGCAGCAGCUUCCAUUGGCCAGGUGCAUCAUGCAGUGUUAAAAGACGGCAGAGAGAUUGCAAUGAAAAUUCAGUACCCAGGAGUGGCAGAGAGCAUUCACAGUGACAUAAACAACCUGAUGUCUGUACUGAAAAUGAGUGUGGUCCUGCCAGACGGUCUGUUCGCAGACAGCAGUUUAGAGGUUCUUCAGAGAGAGCUUGCAUGGGAGUGUGACUAUAAGAGGGAAGCAGAGUGCGCCAAGAAGUUCAGGUCUUUGCUAGAGGGUGAUGAGUUUUUUGAAGUCCCUGAGGUGAUUGAUGAGCUGUCAGGAAAAAGGGUUCUGGCCAUGGAGCUGGUACAGGGUGUCCCACUGGAUCGCUGUGUAGAAUUGGACCAGGAGACGAGGAACCAGAUUGGUUUCAACAUCCUCCAGUUGUGUCUCAGGGAGUUGUUUGAAUUCAGGUUCAUGCAAACAGAUCCAAACUGGGCCAACUUCUUCUACAAUGCAGACACAAACAAGGUUGUUCUGCUGGACUUUGGAGCGUGCAGAAGUUACCCUGAGUCAUUCACAGAUGACUACAUACAGGUGGUUCAUGCAGCUUCUGUGGGCGAUCGAGCCACUGUUCUCUCUAAAUCAAAGGAUCUGAAGUUCUUGACUGGAUUUGAGGCCAAGGCCUUUGAGGAUGCCCAUGUGGAGGCGGUGAUGAUCCUCGGUGAAGCCUUUGCAUCUGCAGAACCUUUUGACUUUGGCACCCAGAGCACCACCCAACGCAUUCAGAGCCUCAUUCCAGUCAUGCUCCGCCACCGCCUCACCCCUCCACCUGAAGAGACUUAUUCCCUCCACCGAAAGAUGGCUGGCUCCUUCCUCAUCUGCUCCAAACUAAAUGCGAAUAUACCAUGCAGGGACAUGUUUCUGGAUGUGUAUAACACCUACAACCAGCGAAGGCAGGCUGAACAGGCAGCACAAGCCAGCGCAUAGAUGAGAGCGCCAUUUUUUUAGUUUCUUUUCCAUUAUUCAGGAUGACACCUAAUCCUUUUUCAGAAUGAACUGGACAAAGUUGAUCAGACUGAGAACCAGUCAAAUGUCCUUCAAAGAGGACUACAAGUGUGCUUGACUUUCAUUGCCUUUUCAUUUUUGUGCAACACUAUGUGUGUGAGCCGGUGAUGAGCCAUCGAAACUUGACACACAGGUUAAGAGAGUUAUUGAUGAUAAUAAUAAUCGAUGAUAAUGAAAUAUAUGGUGAGUAUCUGUUAACUUAAACAGUUUGAUUUGUCAUUUUGGACUUAUUAACCUAAUGAUCAUAGUUCAUACUCACAGAAAAUACACAGGACCGAGGCUAAUGCAGACUUCUGCAGAUGUGUGUGCACAUAUUCAGGAGACAAGAUAUGUAUCCUCGGGGCUCCCAUGGCUAAUGAAUUCAUGGUUCAGCGUGACGGUAAGAUCUGACAUAUUUCCAAGAGAACGGCUAUCUUCUGUCUUAAGGAGAGAUAAUAAGCCCUGCAUUGCCAGGCUGAUGCUGCCAAAUGGUGUCUUUUUUUUGUGCUGUCUGAUAAAUUGCCGAAUAAAGCUUUCUCCUAAAUGUCAUGACUGGCAGAAUAUGAGACGAUUAUCAGAGGAAUUAGUGAACACAGUCUAAAAGAGGCUGCUUCAGUAAUGGCCUUGCAUUUUGAAGUAUAUUUGACAUGAAACAGCAUAUUAUGAGAUUCUGUUUUGUAUGUGUUGACUCGAUGUGACACAUUUAUACUGUACUUUGUGUGUGCUGUGAAGUGCUUUUUAUAAAUAAAUAAAAAGUGAGCGAUAUUUAUCAUCAAUUGAACAUUA